AUGGCUGCGUUUGCCUGGGCUUUAGUGCCCCUGUAUGACCUGUUCUGUGAAAUUACCGGCCUGAACGGUAAAACCGGCGGUCCCUAUACCUACGAUCCGGCGGCGACGUCGCCGGAUACCUCCCGUUUGGUCAAGGUGAAUUUCAUCACUAACACCAAUCAGGGCAUGGUGUGGGACUUCUGGUCAGAAAAAGGUGGUGUGCGUGUUCAUCCAGGUGAACUCAAAGAAGUUAACUUCUACGUCAGGAACACCACCGACAGGGUGAUGGUCGGCCAGGCGAUUCCUUCGCUGGUGCCGGUAUCAGCCACGCAGUACUUUCAUAAAACAGAAUGCUUUUGCUUUAACCAGCAAAUUUUGCAGCCCGGUGAAGAAAUGGUUAUGCCGAUGCGCUUCAUCGUAGGCCGGGAACUGCCGAAAAACGUGCAGUCCAUCAAUUUGAGUUACGCUCUUUUUGACAUCACUGAAGCCAUGGGUGAUGCCGUCGGAAUAUUGGAGAAUACAAUGGCAAAUGCUGAUACAGAUCAAUCGGUCUACUACGUACCCCACAGUGGUUGGUACCCGGUAGUACUCGCCGCGGGCCUGAUGCUAACGGUCACGGGCCUCGCGAGCUGGUUGAUUGAUACCAAAGCGGGUGAACCGCAUACCUGGACACAAAGCAUCAUUGGCUUUGCCAUGGUCUCUUUUGUUCUUUACUGCUGGUUCGGCAAAGUGAUUGCGGAAAAUCAGCAGGGUCUUGCCAACGAGCAGCUCAAGCGGAGCUACGUUUGGGGUAUGGGUUGGUUUAUUUUCUCCGAAGUCAUGUUUUUUGCAGCAUUUUUCGGCGCGCUGUUCUACACCCGCGGCAUUGUUGUGCCCUGGUUGGGUGGCGAGGGUGCAAAAGGCAUUGUAGGUGAUUACCUCUGGCCUGAAUUUGAUGCGACCUGGCCAGUCAUGAGCAAUCCUGAUGCAACAGCGUUCCCGGGGCCUGGUCAGAAUAUGCAGGCACCGUCUGUUUCCAGCUGGUAUGCCUAUCUGCCCUUCUGGAACACAGCAAUUCUUUUGUUUUCCAGUGUCACCAUUCACUGGGCCCACUCUGCAAUAAAAGCGAACAACCGCAAAAAGCUGAUUGGCUGGCUUGGCUUUACGGUACUCCUGGGCAUCAUUUUUGUUGGCCUGCAGAUUGAAGAAUACGUCAUUGCCUACACCGAGAUGGGUCUGACGCUGGCGUUAGUCGACUUGCGCAUCUGCUUCACUCUUUUCUUCCAGCAGUUGCUGCGUUGCGUUAUGCCACGGCGCGUUAGUGCCGAUACGCAACUGGUUUUUCUGGUCGACAACCAGAUUCUCAAUGGUAAAACCGGCGUGACCAGCUACCCGAGGUACCUUUGUUGCCCGGUCGAGUGGAACUGCUGGGUGUUGCGUGGCCCUAUACGGGUGUUGUCAGCGGAGCCGGUAGAGGUUCGACUGGAACCUGGACAGUCCGGCGUGCUUCAAGCCGCGCCUUUUGCCCAGGUCCUCAGUGAUGCCAAACACAGGGGAUACGCGGCAACCUGGUUUGGUCUGGCCAUUACGCUGUUGAUUGGCUAUGUGUUUCUGGGAUCCGCCCAGGCAGCAGCGGCGCAGCGGCGUAAUCGACUGCAGCUGCUCGGCAUUAUGAUGAUCGGGUUUUUAACCCUGGGGGGCUCCUAUCUGAUGUUCUACCUGGCGCAGGACUCCGACGGCUGGGGUACCACUAACAACGGCACGUUUGUGCAGCCAGUCAUCACGACAGCGGAACUGGGCUGGCAGGUAGAAGGUAAUACCCGACGCUGGUGGUUAUGGGUGGUGAGCCCUGACUGCACUGCAGAUUGCCAACAAACGGUGCAGCAUAUGCAGGCACUGCACAUCCUGUUGAAUCGGGAGAUGGAUAGGGUGCGUCGUGGUUACACCGCAAUCGGUGUAACGGAACAAACCCGCCCACAGUGGAUGACCCCGUUUCCGGAACUGGCAAUGAUAGAUAUUGCAGAUGCCUCACCUCUGACCGAGGGCGUCUAUAUUGUCGACCCCAAUGGCAAUCUGGUUUUUCACUACAGCAUGGACACCAACCCCAAACUGGUGCUCCAGGACCUCAAGAAGUUAUUAAAGGUAUCUCACAUUGGUGCCUUCACCCGCCUGGUGGAUGCGGGGUUGGGCUGCCCGGAUUGGCCGGGUUGUUAUGGUCAUCUGAAGUGGCCUGAUACUGCCGAAGAAGUGGAGCGAGCUGAAAUGCUGUUUCCGGAAGCUCCGGUGGAUCAUGCCAAAACCUGGCCAGAGAUGGUGCAUCGCUACUUUGCCGGUGCGCUGUUACUGGUUGUAUUGGCUCUCACCGUGAUUGCCUGGCGGGAUAAUCCGCCGAAUAAAAUCCGCGAGAUCAGCACCGCACUGCUGGUUCUGAUUAUUUGCCAGGCUGCGUUCGGGGCCUGGACGGUGACUUUGAAACUCUGGCCCCAGGUGGUGACCGCCCACUUGAUGGGCGGUUUUGCGACCUUCAGUCUGUUGUGGGUACUGUAUCUGCGCCAGGGAGGUGGCCGCCUGCUCUGGCUGGCGCAGGCCCAACGUUUGAAUUUGAAGCGGCAUGCGCAGCUGGCGCUGGGGCUGGUGGUUGCGCAGAUUGUGCUGGGGGGCUGGGUUGCGUCGAACUAUGCUGCACUGGCCUGCGCUGAUUUCCCGACCUGUUACGGCAGCUAUACGCCGACCAUGGAUUUCGCCGCCGGAUUCAAUUUUUUUCAGCAUGUUGGCCCGAACUACCUUGGUGGCCUGCUGGAUAAUGAAGCGCGCAUCGCGAUACAUUGGACCCAUCGCCUGGGUGCGCUGGUGGUGAUGGUUGCUGUGGCCGCGCUGGCCUAUCGCCUCUGGUCUGGAAAUCGUUUUUUGGCAACAUUGACCUUCACGCUGCUGGCCUUCCAGCUGGGUCUGGGCAUCCUCAAUGUCGUGUGGAGUCUGCCAUUGGGGAUCGCUACCGCGCAUAACGCCUUUGGCGCGGAAAUAACUGUAAGAGACAUAACUAUGAGUGAAGCCGUCACCAACGCCGCCGGCUGGCGAGACUAUCUCGAAAUGACCAAACCCCGCGUGGUUCUGCUCAUGCUGCUGUGUGCCCUGGUGGGUAUGUUUCUGGCAACAUCAGGCAGUGUGCCUCUGGACACAUUGGUUCUGGGUCUUACAGGUAUUGGCCUGGUUGCGGGUUCUGCAGCGGUGGUGAACCAUAUUGCGGAUGCGCACAUAGAUGCGCGCAUGGCGCGUACCCAGAGUCGUCCCGUUGCAACCGGACGCUUGAGUGCUACCCAGGGCAUCUUAUUUUCCGCAGUCAUCGGCCUGGCCGGUAUGGCGAUUCUGUAUUUUGGUGUGAAUCCGCUGACUGCCUGGCUCAAUCUCGCAUCCUGGGUAGGUUACGGCCUGAUCUAUACCUUCUGGCUGAAGCGCGCGACACCACAGAAUAUAGUGAUUGGUGGUCUGUUUGGUGCGGCACCGCCGUUGUUUGGCUGGACCGCGGUUACCAACAGCAUCGAUCCAGGUGGCCUGCUUCUGGUGCUGAUUAUUUUUGCCUGGACGCCCCCGCAUUUCUGGGCUCUGGCGCUCGAACGUAAAGAGGAAUAUGCCAAGGUUGGUGUGCCCAUGUUGCCGGUGACCCAUGGCGAGUCGUACACACGUCUGCACAUUCUUCUGUAUACCAUCAUCCUGAUUAUCUCGACCAUGCUGCCUUUUGUUAUCGGUAUGGCCGGGUUGCUCUAUCUGGCUGGUGCGUUAGCGCUGGUUGGUCGUACCGUACUUUUGUGUGGUGUAUUCAUUACCCUGGUCGUCAGUAUGUUUGUUUACAGCACGCUGCAGACCCCCCAGCUCAGUGAUGAUGAGCUGCGCGAACAGGGCGUGUUCCUGAUGCCUCGGCCCCGGGAUAUUGCACCUUUUGCGCUGCAGGACCAUCUGGGUCAGGUAUUCGACAAUUCGCGAUUAUUAGACCAGUGGACCUUUGUAUUUUUCGGCUUUACCCACUGUCCUGAUAUCUGCCCCACUUCAAUGUCUGAACUGGGGCAGGUGGACACCCAGCUACGUCAGGCCGGCGGCGAGCUUGAAGCUGGAUUUCAGGGCGUGCUGGUGACGGUUGAUCCGGAACGGGAUACACCUGAGAUUCUGGGUCAAUAUGCCACUGCCUUCUCCCCACGCUUUCUGGGUGUCUGGGGAGAGCGCGCGCCGACAGCUGAAUUUGCCCAACAGGUGAAUGCUGUGUUUGCCAAAAUGCCCGCAGAUGAUGGCGGCUAUACCAUGGACCAUACGGGCAACAUCAUCAUCAUCAACCCGCGCGGACACUAUCACGGGUUCAUAAAGCCGAGCCUACCGCUCGAAUUAACAAGGAGCGUUAUGCGCGUUGAUCCUGACCCCCCGCGGUCAGAAGAAACGGUGACCGCAGAUGACCUGCAGAACCGUUAUCAUCAGGUACGCCAGCAGUCGAUGGUGCUGUGCGAGCCCCUGGCCAUUGAAGACUUCGGCGUGCAGCCGAUGGAUGAUGCGAGUCCACCCAAAUGGCAUCUGGCACAUACCGCGUGGUUCUUUGAAACCUUCAUCCUGAAACAGCAGAUGCCUGGAUAUCAGGCAUUUCAUCCUCAAUUCGAAUAUCUGUUUAAUUCCUACUACAACGGAGUAGGACAGCCAUAUCCGAGACCGGCACGAGGGUUUCUUUCCCGGCCAACGGUUGCCCAGGUGAUGGAAUAUCGCGACCACGUGGAUCAGCAUAUGAAUCUGUUGCUCGAGGCUGGUGUUGAUGAUGGCAUCGCCGCUCAAGUGGUGCUGGGUCUACAUCAUGAGCAGCAGCAUCAGGAGCUGAUGUUGACGGAUAUCAAAUACAACUUUGGCCAUAAUCCGCUACUGCCUGGUUAUCGCGAGCGUAGCCCGGUUGAGUCUGCUCCGCUUUCAGGUUCACCAUCGGCAUCCACUUAUACCGAAUAUGAAGGUGGCAUUGUUGAGAUUGGUGCGGGUAAUGGUUUUGCGUUCGACAAUGAAACACCGCGUCACCCUGUGCUGCUGCAGGCAUUUCAACUGGCCGAUCGCCUGGUCACCAAUGGCGAGUAUUUAUCUUUUGUGGAAGACCGCGGUUAUGCGCGUCCGGAACUCUGGCUGUCGGAAGGUUGGUCUGCGGUGCAGGCACAGGGAUGGCAAGCCCCCCUCUACUGGCAACAGCGCAAUGGCGUCUGGCAUGAAUAUCGUUUGGAUGGUUGUCAUGAGCUUGUGCUGCAUAUGCCGGUUACCCAUGUGUCAGGGCAUGAAGCGUUUGCCUUUGCCCAAUGGGCGCAGGCUCGGCUGCCAACUGAAUUUGAGUGGGAGCACGCUGCAAGCAGCGCAGCUGUUGACGGUCAUUUUGUUGAAGCGCAGUACUUCCAUCCACAGGCCGCUGCAGAUCAGGAUGGCGUUCAGCAGUUGUAUGGUGAUGUCUGGCAGUGGUCGCACGCGCGCCUGAGCUAUCGCAACUUCUUUUAUCCACCGGAAAUGGCCAGGGAAAUACUGGCGGGGUUGAAAGCGCAGCCAAAAACGUUAUCACCAAAGUACUUUUACGAUGCGCAAGGCUCGGCGCUGUUUGAUCGCAUCACAGAACUUGAUGAGUACUAUCUGACCCGUACAGAAAUGGCGCUGUUUGAUGCGCAUCUGGACGACAUAGCUGAACAUCUCGGUGGCAACGUCUGCCUGAUUGAGUAUGGCAGUGGCAGCUCCGUCAAAAUCCGUAAACUCCUGCAAGCAGUGACACCGGCAGCCUAUGUGCCGGUAGAUAUAUCUGAUGAACACCUGCAGGCCAAUGCCCAGGCCUUACAUGAAGAUUUCCCGGCGCUGAACGUUUUACCUGUUUGUGCCGACUUUACCCAGCGUUUUGAGCUGCCUGAUGCAGUUGCAGAUAUGACAAAAGUCGGGUUUUUCCCGGGCUCCAGCAUUGGCAAUUUUGAUCCUCAAGGUGCGCAGAAUUUUUUGCAGAAUGUUCACGCAACAGUGGGUUCCGGUGGGGCUCUGCUGGUUGGUGUGGAUCGAAAGAAAUCUGUUAGCGUGCUGGAACAGGCUUACAAUGACAAACACGGUGUGACGGCAGCUUUCAAUUUAAAUGCCCUGUCUCAUAUCAACAAGGAGCUGGACGCCAACUUUCAGUAA